AUGGCUAAUACUGAGCUUCAGUUUAAAAUGGCAAUGAGAGAUCAGAUCAUUCACAACCAAAGAGAGGCGCAAAGGAAUCUUUGGAACUUGAUCAUGGGGUUGGGACUUGACGAGAAGCAGAUAUUGGAGCUUGCUGCCAAGGCUGCUUCUGUUGCUGCAUUUUCAGGCUCGCAUUUACCAGAACUCCAGAAGUAUCAACAUGUUGCUUCAAAGUCAAUUUCCCGAGACCGCUGGGAUCUGUCUUCUACGUUUUGCAGGGAGGAGCACUGUAGCUCCUACUACUUGCUAGCUCAUGAUAACUCUCCGCCAUGCAUCAGAUCUAGGAAUAGUAGUAAUUACUGGGUUGGCGGUGGUCAUCCUGUUCCUUGGUUUGGCACUCCUGAUAAGCUUCCUCGAGAUUUGCAGAAAUCGUACCCAGAGAUGAUAACUCCUGCAUCAUCACGCUAUGAAAGCCAUCUAUCAGCUCCAGCACACGGUGCAGAUUUUGGACAGGGACAAAAUGAUACCAAGAGGCGAAACCUAUACAGCAAGGGUCCUCAUGGUGCAACCAGUAGCAGCAGCCCAGAUAUGUUCGAAGCAGAGAUAGUCAAUCUUGGUAGGACAGCCAAUGGUUUUCCGGGAUAUAUCCGAUCCGAACAAGGCUUGAGUACACGCAGCUCAACACAUACGGUCCAAAACUCGAACCAUCCAAGUGUUCCUUGCAUUCCUUCAUAAACUUAAGCCCAUCCCUCCAUUCC